CUUCGUCCGACCCGUCAAUCAACAUCUACUUCACUUGGUGACUCUCGGAAUCCCUAGCCAUGUCAGAAAAUCCCUUGGACUUGGAAGAGCCUACUUCUGUGUCUCCGGAAGCGCCGAAGAUGAAGACCACAGGUCUGCCAGAAGUAGAAGACACUGGUCCUUCACCAUACCCAGAUAUCCCUGCCUCAGAUGCAUCGCAAUUCACUGCAACUAAUGAGUUUGAGCCACUGACGCCGAUCCAAACUUAUGAAAUGACGCAGAGUCUGCUGGAAGAGGCUAUUCCAGACCGACCUUUGAUCGCGCCACUCGCGCCGAUGGCUGUCUUGCGAGCUGAGUACGAAGAGGGCUCGCAGGUCUUCGUCAAACAGAUUGAUUGGCUCACCGCACAUGGGUCUGCUGGCAUCCGACGGACUCGAGGAGAUGGCGACUGCUUCUAUCGCUCACUUGCCUUUGCCUAUAUUGAACGACUGUUACUUGCGAAGGACCCACCUUUGGCUGUAACGAGCGCCAUAUCUGUGUUGGAGGCGUCGCAGCCACUUCUCGAAGCGGCAGGCUUCCAGCGCAUGGUGUUCGAGGACUUCUACGACUGCUUCGUGUCCGUGAUCAAUAACAUCCUGACCCCCGAGGGGAACGGCCGUCUUCUGACAUCAGCCUCCUUGCUAGAGGCCUUUAACUCCCCGGAGGUCUCCAACUCCAUUGUCGUCUAUCUCCGUCUGCUGACGUCUGCGCAAAUUCGUGCGGACCCCGAUACGUACUCCGCGUUUCUCUUCCAUCCGGAGAUCGGGGAGCCGAUGGAGGUCCGGGACUUUUGCGAGACGUUUGUGGAGGCGGUGGGCAAGGAAGCCGAUCAUGUGCAGAUGACGGCGCUAUCGCGCGUGCUGAAGGUCAACAUCAGCGUAGCGUACCUUGACGGACAUGUCCGCGGCGAGGAGGGAAAGGUCGACUUCGUCGAAUUCAACAACGUAGAAGACUCUGUGAUAGAUUCUGUCACUCUGCUGUACAGACCCGGACACUACGAUAUCCUCGAUCAACGAAGCGAGGAGCCGUUGGACUUGGAAGAUCAGUAGAGCAAAUAUGCUGAAUGUCGGGGCCGGCGCUCAUGUGUGAAAUCAUUUCAUGUAUACUACCGUGGCCUAUACAUUACGCUCACGCGAGUGGUUCGCCACGAGCGAUCGUUGCGAAUCGAAGUUCAUUUCCGGAAGUGAAAUGAAGGUA